AUGGAGAGAAUCGAUGUACACACCCACUGCGUACCGCCCUCAUAUCGCGAGUACUGCCUACAGAGCGAUUUUGCAGGAAGAGGCCACCCAGAUGGAAUGCCCGCUAUCCCAGAAUGGAGCCCUGAAGCUCACAUCGACUUGAUGAACCAACUCAAGAUCAAGAAAUCAGUGCUGAGCAUGUCAUCCCCAGCAACACAUCUAACCCCAGGCAACAACGAGGAAGGCCGAUCCGUAACCCGACGCGCCAACAUCGACAUGUCCAAAAUCUGCGCCGAUCACCCAACCCACUUCCUCUUUUUCGCCUCCCUCCCCCUCCCAGACGUGGAAGGCUCCCUUGCAGAAAUAGACUAUGCACUAGACCAUCUUGGCGCAGUGGGGUUUCAAAUCCUGACCAAUUCGCACGGCAUCUACCCGGGCGAUCAGCGCUUCGCUCCCGUUUUUGACAAAUUAAGUGAACGCAAGACCAUUGCCUUCUUUCACCCGACUACGUGUCUCAUCCGGCACGGUGAUGACGAUGUCUCGCUUGAAAAGGUGACGCCGCUCCCCGGCGUCCCUGCACCUAUUAUGGAAUUCAUGUUCGAUUCCACCCGGGCGCUUAUGAGUCUGCUUACUUCUGGGACGGUCGAUCGCUGUCCUGGAAUCACAUUCGUGGCUUGCCACUGCGGUGCGACGUUCCCGCCGAUCAUGGACAGGAUUGCGGAGUUCUCGGCCAUGAUUCCCGGUUCGGGGGGUGGGAUCACCGCGGAGAAGAUUAGGCAGCUAUUGCAGACGCGUUUCUAUUUUGAUCUUGCGGGUCUGCCGUUUCUGAAUCAGAUUCAUGGUCUUCUACGGCUGGUUGAUUCGUCCAGGUUGUUGUAUGGGAGUGAUUAUCCAUACACCCCUGCUGCGUUGGCGGAGUCUCUGGCUAAGAGAGUGGAUGAUGGACUGCAGGAUUUAUUUGGAUUGGAAACAACGAAGCAGAUUUUGGUCGAUAAUGCGCAGGAUCUUCUUGGGGAAACUCGUGAAUAG